ACACGAUCAUUAAGUGACUACACUUUUACAGGAACUUCCGUGGUAAAAUAAAAAAAAUUCCAUCUAAAACCGAAGAUACAAAGCCGUGUGCAUGUCUUGUGGCUGCUCAUUAUUGACCCUGAUUAAGAGCGGUGCACUGCUCUCUGAGCUUCAUACUAAAUGGAAACUGCUGAGUUCUAUUACGUUUAUUAUUUAGCUCAAGAUUAUCUGCAGUAUGUGCUUCAGGAAUCACAUCUUGGACCAGCCCAAACCAGAGUUGCUCAUGUCUUGCGAAACAUUGCAUCUUCGCUGCAAGAUCAAACAGAGGAGGCUCUCAGACCCUUCCUGGACAGGAUUGAUAUUACUUCUGUAGAUGUUGCCAAGAGAAUUUUCAAUGGUGUCAUGGAUGAAAAAUUUGCUGAUGGAAAUACUAAUUGGGGAAGAAUUAUGACCAUAUUUACUUUUGGGGGUCUUCUCACUAAGAAGCUUCAAGAACAUGGAGUUCAGCUCACUGGAGAGGAGAAGGAGCAGAUCUCUUAUUUCAUUACAGAGUACAUCAUAAACAACAAAGCCGAAUGGAUAGAUGCAAAUGGUGGCUGGGAAAAUGGCUUCCUAACAAAGUUUGAAAGAAGAUCACUACUGUCUUUCUCCAAAAUUACAGACAUAUUUGUAGCUCUUUUUUCCUUGUUCAGAGAGUACUACUGAAAUAAUGGACCUGCCAUUCAUGCACAAUCUAGAUAUUGCCACAAGCUUCAUUGCUAAGCUUUCCUCCAAGCAGUAUCAACUAGAAAAUAAUUUUACUGUUUUUUGUUAAUUUAUUUGUAUUUAUUUUGACUAAAUGCAAAGUUUAGCAUGCUCUCCUAAUUGCCAAACCUAAAGAAAAGACCCCUCUGAAGAGGAAUCGACACAGCAACAUGCAGCAAUGCAAGCCAACCUUUCCAGGCAGGACUGCUUCGAGAGAGAGAGAGAUCGUCCCCCACAUCCAGACAGUUCUUGGAAUCUCUGUUGCACCUCCAUGAAAGGACAUUGAUUUACUGAAAUACAAUCCAAUGGGUUAGGAAACAAACUUUAAUCUCAUUUGUUUUGUAAAUGAAUACUAUUGUAAUGCAUUUUUAUUGCAACAUUUGUAUAAGUAAAAGGAGGGGAUUCCUCUGAAGAAAAAGGAAAUGCAAAUUCCAGUGUAAAAGUGGGUACAAAUUACUGGCACAAAGCAAUCUUCAUAGUUAGAACAAAUAGUGGAAACUAUCAACUUGGACUUGUACACGCACUCACUGUUAAUGCAAGGGUAUGUGUUUCUUUGUUGCAUUUUUAAUUGCUCAUAUCUACAGUGACUGUUCCUUCAAAAUUUUGUAAUGUAGUCACCUGAACUUUUUUAAACUAGAUUUUUUUAAAUAGAGAAAUACAAAUUAUUUUAAAAUAAGAAAUUUGUGUAAAUACACUAAUAUUUUUGAAAAAUACAUUAAAAUCUGUAUUUUAAAGUCUU